CUAUGCAGGCGCUCUUCAUAACUCCGACGAACCCACCUGUCCCGAGCAUCACGACUCGCGCGACAAACAUGGAGCGACGUCUGUAAUGCCACGCACAGGGGAGGCGUGAAAGGGAUACAAGGACUUAUUGGUUCGAGACGUGUACUUCUAUAGAAGAAAAAACAUGCGGAAAAUGGGUGCAGUCAUCGACACAAAAGACCCCUGGCUGUUUGGCGUCACCCCCAUCUUCCUUUAACAGGAGCCCCCCCUCCUCCUCCCUCGGACCGAGAUGCAUUGUGGGGGAAGUCGUUGCCAUUCGACCUCUGCGGGGCCUGCGCGGACGCAGACAGAACCCUCAAAUUCAUUAUGCCUUUAAAACCCCUAUUUAUUUCCGCAUAACCUACAUACUCUCACCAGGAGGCUGGAGCGCAGAAAAACGUCUCUUUUCAUGCGGAAUACUUUAUUUAAGAGAGCCGCAAUCGGAUUUUUGUUUUGUUGAGAAAGUGUAGAUUGUAAUUUAUUUCAAGAAAAUGUCCGGAGAGCGAAACCGCAGGUCGCUGGCUUUCCGAGGAUGUGGAUUAGCCGUCACCGGUGCCAGUGCCGUCGGAGGCAACAGCUGUGAGGCCCCGGCCUGUCAAGACCGACAUCUGAACGGGAACAGACCGGAUCAAGAGGACGACAGGGAUCUGGGGGCGAAAGGACCAUCGCUGGGGAAAGUCGAGGGCGGGGGGUCCGUGAGCGACAGCACGGAGCCGGAGGCAGAGGAGGACGACGACCCGGAAGGGGGCAGUUGGACAGCGGGUAAAGAUCAUGACAGAGGCGCUUUAAACAGCAUAAUGGUGAAAACCGAGGGCUGUAAGUGGGCGACUGGCAACGGCGUGAACCGGGAGGACUGUAGCGCGGGAGAGGCGGAGGAAGCGGCCGCUAGAAAACCGCUGCUGGAGAUGAGACCUCAGACGCUGCUGCUGCAGAAACACUCGCUCUUCCAAGCCUCCUGGCUGCAGGAGUUUCCCUGGCUCAAAUUCAGCCAGGAAACAGGGCUGAUGUCUUGCUCCUGGUGCCAUAACAUCGCCACCAACAACAGAGACGAGCUGGUGAAAGGCAGCCGGAAUUACAAGCGGGCCUUGCUGCUGAGGCAUCACCUGUCCUCGGAGCACGGCAGGAAUGACCCGACCAGACAGGAGAUGGAAAGGCCAGAGGACACGGAGAGCCCAGAGGUGGAGGACUAUAGAAACAAGCCCAAUGAGAACUCCUACUGCUACCAGCUGCUGCAGGAGCUGGACAAACAGCGCAAGAGCGGCAUCCUCUGCGACGUCAACAUUGUAGUGGGUGACCAGGCGUUCAAGGCGCACAAGAACAUCCUGGUUGCUGGGAGCCGCUACUUCAAGACCCUCUACUGCCUGACGAAGAGUGAGAACUGCGACCAAACUACCAUCACGCACUUGGACGUGGCCGCCGUGCAGGGCUUCUCCGUCAUCCUGGACUUCCUGUACUCCGGCAACCUCUUGCUCACCAGCCGGAAUGCCAUCGAGGUGAUGUCCGUGGCGAGUUACCUCCAGAUGACCGAGGUGGUCCAGUCCUGUCGUGCCUUCAUCAAAGACGCCCUCAACAUCAGCAUCAAGCAGGAAGCCCCUGAUUCUGUGGUGGUCGACUACAACAAGCGGCGGACGGUGGCGAAAGACUGCCAGAGUGCCGACAAGAAGCCCAGCAACUUCUGGGCCACCAGCAUCUUGUCCAAGCUGUCCAUCAAGGCCAGUGGGCAAGUGAAGGAUGAACCCAGUGACAUAGAGGUGUCCGGUGGAGAAGGCUGCGCUUUGGGAAGCUCUGGUUGGGGCGGAGAGAACUCGUCAGAGUCUACGGAGACGGAGCCACAGGGUCCGGGGCCGGUGUUCGUCUGGAACGAGCCACAUCCCGGCACUGGGGUCGCCGUCAAGAGAGAGGCGCACCCUGAGCCGGGCAGCGGAAGGCGGAAAAAACAGACCGCCAAGCGCUUCGUCUACAACAUCCCACCUGAGCCGGAAGAGGGUUUUGACGAGGGCAUGUUCAUCCAACCGACUGCCUCUUACACCAGAGAGGACUUCUCUUAUCUCUCAGAGAAUGCCGGCGAAGCGCCUGAAAACGCCCUCAAUAAGCUGAAGUGUCCCCACUGUAACUACAUUGCCAAGCACCGGCGAACACUAAAGAGACACUUGAUCAUCCACUCGGGCGUGCGCUCCUUCAGCUGUGACAUCUGCGGGAAGCUGUUCACUCGCCGAGAACACGUCAAGAGACAUUCCCUGGUUCACAAAAAGGAUAAGAAAUACAAGUGUAUGGUAUGCAAGAAGAUCUUCAUGUUGGCGGCCAGCGUGGGUAUACGGCACGGCUCUCGGCGCUACGGUGUGUGCGUGGAGUGCGCCGACUCCCACCAAGGCACGCAGGAGGGUCUGGAGGGCAUGCAGGACCUGGAAUUCGCCCGCGACGAUGACUUUGACGAGGCCGGAGAGGGAGACGAGGACAUGGAGGCGGAAGGGGAGGAGCCCAAUGAGAUUGACCAAUCCAACUGCGAGGGUGAUGCGGGUGCCACCCCCGAGAAGGACUAAUUUAGACAUAACCUGGUAGAGAAACGAAUCAAAAUGCAAAGAAAAAAAAAAUAGCUGGGAAACAAUCAACAAUUCCAAAGUGCUAUCAAACCUCUUUGUUGCACGUGAAGUUAUGUCAAAGAGAUAUAUAGCUUUGUUAGAGAGGGACUCCAAUAUUUAAAGAUUGUUCUGUGUGUCAGAGUCUGGGCCAUGUGCCUGUCAGAGAAAGAGGUGUAAUGAUAUAUAACAAAAAAAAUCAGGUUUUUCUGUGAUGUAUUUUUUUUUUUCUUUUGUAGGGGAUGAGGGUGUACAGCGUUUCUGAGUUAUAAUAGGCCAAUCAUAUUAAAAGAAAUAUUAAUUAUUUAAUUUAUGAAGAAAGAUAUUAUGGUCUUAUGAAAAUGAUAGAAUUCGAUUUUUUUUUUUUAAUGUAUGUCUGCUUAUUUUCAGUUCAUAGCUGCGCUUCCUGACAGACCUGAUCGUAUAUUGCUCAGAGGAGGAGCUCAACAAAGAAGGAGCAUUAUAGAAAUUCCGCUUACAGGAAGAUUUUUUAUUUUUAUUUUUUUUCCGUGUGUGUAUUUCCUUUCUAGGUAAAUGUUGUCAUGAAAUUUUAUGAAAUAUAUAAAUAUAUAUAUAUUUUCCUUUUCCCUGCACAAAUCUUGGAACCAAAAAUCUGUUUUGUGACUCUAAUUGACCACAGCCAUAUUUAUAAUUAAGUUAUAUGGGGCUGUUAGAUCGUGCCAAGCAGAACGCACACCAAGAUUUUUUGCAGGACACAAAACUACUGAAAAUGCUGAGAGAACAUAAAGCAGAGAAAUAUAAAAAGAGAAAGAAAGAAAAAAACAGAAAAAGAGAAAAUGCUAAAAUAUAAGGGGACUAUAUUAUUGCUAGCUUUAUUUGAAUCACAGCAUCACAGUAACACUUUAUAAGCAUUUUGACAUUCACUUAAAGCUUGAAUUUUGCCAAAUGAUGGAAACGUUUGGUGCUGUAACGCUUUUAUUUUUAUUAUUAUUUUUAAAUACUGGACCUACAAGCUGUAUAUGAUGUUAAUAAUCGUAAAGCCUACUCAACUCAGUUAUACUAAU